AUGGAAGCUAUGUUUGCAAUUAUAACAAUAUUAUGCUGCUUCACUUCCCCUGCAAUUGCAUGCCCCUUCCCUGAAAGAAAUCUUCUUCUGGAUUUCAAGGCAGCCGUUGUAGAUGAGUAUAACACACUAAGUUCCUGGCACGGAUUCAAUUGCUGCACGUGGAGAGGAGUCAGUUGUAAUCUCCGCAUAGGCCAUGUUUCUCGACUGGAUCUGAGUGGAUUCAAUUUGGAAGGUAACAUCAGUUCAUCGCUGUUCCAACUUGCACGGUUGGAGCACCUCGAUCUCAGUGACAACCUCUUCAAGGGUAAAUUCAGUCCUCCCCAUAAUAGAAAGUUGAAGAGUCUCACUUUUCUUGACUUGUCAUUUGCUGGUUAUGUAAAUGAAUCCUUUCUGGGUGAUGUAAGUGAAUUUUACGUGAGUUUGGAAAGCUUAUCAAAUCUGGUGAGCUUGGAAUACCUCUCUCUUGCUGAAGUGAACAUCUCUGUAAACAAAGAGUGGGGUGAAGUUGUUGGCAGUCUAUCCAACCUUCAACAACUCAGCAUGUCUGACUGUGGGCUUGGAGGACAAAUUCCCAAUUCCCUUCUCAACCUCACCUCUCUCCUCCAUCUCGAUCUAUCAUACAACUAUUUGUCAGCAUAUAUACCAGCUUGGAUUGAAAAUGUGACUGGGCGCUUGCUCUCUCUUGAUCUCUCUGGGAAUUACAAUCUUGGAGGAGACAUUUCUUUCAUUGGACAACGAAAGUCUUCUUUGUCACUAACCAGCAUUGAUCUUUCACGGACAGCCAUCAAGGGCCGAAUUCCAUCUGCUAUAUGGAAUAUCUCAUGCUUGGAGCGUCUUCGUCUGUCAGGUGAGAUUCCAUUUGCUAUAUGGAAUAUGUCGUCCUUGAAGGAUCUUCUUCUAUCAGAUACCAGAAUUGAAGGUGAGAUUCCAUCUGCUAUAGGGAAUGCGUUGUCCUUGGAAAGUCUUUAUCUGUCGUAUACCGGAAUUGAAGGUGGGAUUCCAUCUGCUAUAGGGAAUGUGUCGUCCUUGAAGAGUCUUUAUCUGUCUGAUAUCUCUAUUGAAGGUGAGUUUCCUGUCUCCAUACUCAAUCUCUCUAAACUUGUUGAAUUGGACCUGUCCUACAACAUGUUAACUGGGGUAAUCCCACCUUCAGUGGACUCACUUUCUUCCCUUGUUAGUCUUGACCUUAGUGCCAACGAAUUGAAUGGUACGAUUCCAUCUACAAAUUCAAAUCUUGUUAACUUAAGAAGCCUUUUGCUCCACUCCAAUAGUUUAAGCGGCCUCAUUUCCCUUUCCGUAUUCGAUAAUCUCACUAGUCUUGAUAGCCUGUAUCUUUCUUACAAUCAGUUAACUGUAAACAUUGAUUCAACAUGGAUUCCGCAGUUUAAGCUUUCCGCUUUGGCAUUAGGCUCUUGCAAUUUAGAUAGAAUUCCAUCGUUUCUUGUGACCCAAUACGACUUGGAAUAUCUAGACCUAUCUGCUAACAGUAUCCAAACAAAUAUUCCAUCUUGGAUAUGGAACUUACCCAGCCUUUAUAGUUUGAACCUUAGCUGUAAUCAAUUAACUGGGUCAUUGCCAUCUAGACAAACCUUACCCAUGUAUAUUGACUCUCUAGAUUUGCACAAUAAUAGCCUAGAAGGUUCUCUUCAUCUUCCUCUCGCUGGAGCUUAUCUGCUGGAUCUGUCGACGAAUCAGUUUAAUGGUUCUAUUCCUAGUCACAUCGGUGCGUAUCUUGAAAAUGAAAGGUUCUUAUCCUUGUCGCGGAAUAACCUCAGCGGAGCGAUUCCAGAUUCUAUUUGCACUCCAUAUUUGCAGGUUCUUGACCUUUCAAAAAAUACGCUGAGCAGUGUCAUUCCUCCUCAUUUAACCAGGAAUUGUUCUUCUCUUAGUGUUCUAGAUUUGGCAGAGAAUCAUCUGGAAGGUAAAUUGCCAGCAGAGUGGGGCAACAUUACAAACAUGCAUACAUUGAAGCUCAAUGGUAAUCAUUUGAGAGGAGUUAUUCCCUCAUCCAUUUCAGAAGGCCGAUCUCUGCAAGUAUUGGAUUUGGGAAAUAAUGAUUUGGAAGGCACCCUUCCCCACUGGAUUGGAAAGCUAUCACAGCUGCAUGUGUUGGUCUUAAGGUCUAAUCAUUUUCAUGGCAGUAUCCCACGCCAGGUAAUUGGCCUUCCGAAUCUUCAAAUUCUGGAUCUUUCUGGCAACCACCUUUCAGGAGCUAUUCCAAGCAACCUUACAAACCUGCUUGCAAUGGUCAAUGCAUCGCAGAAUAAUUCAAACCAUUUGGAAGACGUUAGAUAUACAAAUAAAAUUACAAUUUCCUGGAAAGGCUGGGAUGUUGAAUUUGUGAAUGUUCUCUUUAUUCUUAAAUGUAUUGAUCUUUCAAACAACAGUUUAUCAGGGAGCAUUCCUUUUAAAAUGGGAUCUCUUCAAGGCUUGAUAGCCCUUAACCUUUCAAGGAAUCAUCUCAGUGGCCGAAUCCCAAAAACAUUGGGACACAUGGAUCAGCUAGAGUCUCUGGACCUCUCGCUAAACAGGUUGAAUGGCAACAUUUCCUUAGAACUUGAGUUCCUGAGUUAUUUGGAGUUCUUGAAUCUAUCUUACAACAUGCUUGAUGGAAAAGUACCCCAUGGAGGACAGUUUCUAACUUUUGGGGAGUCAUCCUACUUAGGCAAUUCUAAGCUAAGUGGGAUUCCAUUUACCAAUAUAAGCGUGUGCAACAACUCUUCUGGCUAUGGCAACUGCACAAGUAUUGAGAGAAUUGGUGAAGCAAAGAAUUCAGAUGGUGAAAUGAUAGGAUGGGCAGUCGGACUUGGAUUGAGUUAUGGUUUGGGAUUCUCGGUUGUGAUUGGAGUAUUGACUUUAAAUAAAAGGGUGAGAAAGAGAGCCUUCGAUUUGUAUGAUGUUGUAAUAUUAGCUAUUGAUGGGUGUAUAAGAGGUUAA